AUGGCCGAUAGGGCCUUCCUCCGCCUCGGCCACCGGUCAGAGAACCAAGCUGUCUUGUUCUUGGGAGAAUCUGGCUCCGGCAAGACUACAGUCCGAUCCCACCUCUUGACUGCGCUCCUCAAUAAAUCAUCAACACCUUUGUCUAACAAGGUCUCCCUUGCUGCCUAUGUGUUCGACACUCUCACCACCACAAAGACCGCUACGACCCCUACCGCAUCGAAAGCCGGCUUGUUCUACGAGCUUCAGUACGAUACUGCUUCGACAACAAACCCCAUGCUGAUUGGAGGCAAGCUUCUGGACCAUCGUCUUGAAAGGAGCCGGAUUGCAGAUGUCCCCACUGGCGAACGGAACUUUCAUGUCCUCUACUACCUUCUAGCCGGUACGAGCGGUGCCGAGAAAGCACAUCUUGGAUUUGAAGCGCCUGGAGGCACAGUGCAGAAGAGAUGGAGAUAUCUUGGCCACCCGACGCAGCUGAAGGUUGGUAUCAAUGACGCCGAGGGCUUCCAAAUGUUCAAGACCGCCCUGCGCAAGCUUGAAUUCCCUCGAAGUGAAAUUGCCGAAAUCUGCCAGAUCUUGGCCAGCAUUCUGCACAUAGGACAGCUAGAGUUCGAGACGGCAGCCGACACCAACGCCACAGGUGACGACAGUGGUGGGUUCUCCCACGAGGGUGCCCAAACGAUCACUGCUGUCAAGAACAAGGAUGUUCUUGGUAUUGUUGCCGCCUUCCUCGGCGUCAGCGCUCAAGAUCUGCAGACAACGAUGGGAUACAAGACUAAGAUGAUCCACAAGGAAAGAGUUACGGUCAUGUUGGAUCCCACCGGUGCUCGAGGCAAUGCCAAUGAACUAGCGAGAACUCUCUACUCGCUUCUUGUUGCCUAUGUCAUCGAGACUAUCAACCAGAAGAUCUGUGCACCCGAGGAGGCCAUUGCAAAUACUAUCUCGAUCAUCGAUUUCCCUGGCUUCUCUCAGCAGUCCUCCACUGGUUCAGCACUCGACCAGCUGUUGAACAAUGCUGCCGCUGAAUCUCUGUACAACUUGACUCUUCAGAACUUCUUCGAUCGCAAGGCUGAAAUGCUAGAGACCGAAGAAGUUGCAGUACCGGCAACUAGCUACUUUGACAAUUCAGAUGCUGUCAAGGGUCUUCUCAAAUCUGGAAAUGGUUUGUUGAGCAUUUUGGAUGACCAGACUCGCCGAAACCGCACGGAUAUGCAGCUUCUGGAGAGUUUCAGGAAGCGAUUUGAAGGCAGAAACCCCGCCAUCACAGUUGGCUCUGCGACUGCAAAGCUUCCCGGUAGCAAUUUCUUUACCGAGAACACUGCCGCUACUUUCACUGUCAGGCAUUUUGCAGGUGAAGUGGAGUAUCCUAUUAAGGGUCUCGUGGAGGAGAACGGCGAGGUGAUCUCAGGCGACCUCCUGAAUCUAAUUAACUCUACGAAGAGCGACUUUGUUGCUCGUCUCUUCGGCCAGGAGGCACUGCAGACUGUGACCCAUCCUCAGGAGCGCUCGACUGUGAUGCAAGCCUCCGUCAGCUCAAAGCCUAUGCGAGCUCCUAGUGUCAUGUCAAGAAAGACGCGUUACCGUCCAGGCACGUCUCGGACGAAGAAUGAGUCUAUAGACCACCGUCCUGGCACUGCCCGGCGACAAGACUCGUUCGACAAUCUAAGCGAGGCUGGAGAAUCCAGACGCAACAACACUCGUCACUCCGAGCAAGGCGCUUCCGGACAAUUCUUGUCCGCCCUUGACAACGUCACCAGAUCCAUCACUGCCCCUAACACCAACGCGUACUUUGUGUUCUGCCUCAAGCCCAACGAUAGACGAAUUGCGAACCAGUUCGACAGCAAAUGCGUAAGGACACAAGUUCAGACAUUCGGCAUUGCCGAGAUCAGCCAGAGAUUGAGAUCAGCAGACUUCAGCAUGUUCUUGCCAUUUGGUGAGUUCCUCGGUCUUGCCGACACAGAGACGAUCCUCGUUGGCAGUGAGCGUGAGAAAGUCGAAAAUGUCGUUGAAGAGAGACGUUGGCCAAGCAAUGAAGUAUUUAUCGGCUCCACUGGUGUCUUCGUCAGCGAAAGAAUAUGGAUGGAGAUUUCCAAUCUGAGUGAUAGCGCCUCGGCGCGGUUUGGCCUUCCGUCUGAUGCCAGUGAUGGCCUCUCACCUCCUGACAAUCCAUUCCUUGCGUCCAAGGAGCGUCUUGCGUCUGGCAACAACACCCCCGGCCCCUUUUCAGACAAGAUGAAGGCCGGCUACUUCGGCAGCAAUGAUGUAGACGCUCGGUCUGAGGCUGGUGUUUCUGCCUUCGGUGGCGGCGACAUGUUCAAGAAUCUAGACACCCGUGCGCAGAUGGCCGAAAGGGGCAAUGAGAAGGCCAUGGUGGAAGUUGAAGAGUUCAAGGACAGCGGCAGCCGCAAGCGCUGGGUCUUCGUGGUAUACCUCCUGACUUUCUUCAUCCCCGAAUUCAUGAUUCGGUGGAUCGGACGCAUGCCUCGAAAGGACGUCCGGAUGGCAUGGCGGGAGAAACUCGCUAUCAACGUCAUCAUUUGGUUCAGCUGUUUGGUCGCGGCCUUCUUCAUUGUGGUCUUCCCUAUGGUCAUCUGUCCCACUCAGCAUGUCUACACUGCCUCAGAGCUUUCAAAAUACAAUGGCAAAACCGGUAGCAAAGGCGCGUAUGUCUCUAUCCGCGGACAGGUAUUCGAUGUUGGCUCAUAUGCUCCCCACCACUACCCCAGCUACUUGCCCACCAAGCAGCUUACUCAGUAUGGCGGGCUGGAUGUUACUUCCCUGUUUCCCAUCCAAGUCUCUGCCCUAUGCCGCGGCAAGGAUAAUGAUCUCGAUCCCGCUGUUACCUUGGAUUACAAGUCUACCAACAUUACCGGGUCGGCUUCCGUCAUUAGUACUCAGGAUCUCAAUGCCCAUUACCAUGACUUCCGCUCUUUCACCAAUGACAGUCGACCAGACUGGUUUACCGAGCAGAUGAGAAUGCUGAGAGCAAACUACAAGAAAGGAAACGUUGGCUACUCGUCACAAUACAUCAAGACCUUGGCGAACAAGCAGAAUGCCAUUGCUUCGAUGAAUGGCCGUGUAUAUGACCUCACCACGUACAUUGCUGGCGGCCGUCACAUGCAGGUCAAAGCUGGCGAGGAAGCUCCUACGGAUCCAAGCAAGGUGGACUUCAUGGACCAACUCGUCGUCGAUCUUUUCCAGCAAAAGGCUGGAGGGGAUGUUUCAAAGUAUUGGGACGCACUCAGCUUGGACGCCGAUGUGAAGGGACGCAUGCAACUCUGUCUCGACAACCUCUUCUACGUCGGUGAUGUCGAUACGAGAAACUCAAUCCGGUGCCAGUUCGCUGAGUACCUGGUUCUUGCCAUCUCUAUUCUUCUCUGCACGGUCAUUGGUUUCAAGUUCUUCGCUGCUCUCCAGUUCGGUACCAAGAACAUGCCUGAGAAUCUCGACAAGUUCGUCAUGUGUCAGAUUCCAGCAUAUACGGAGGACGAAGAUUCUCUCCGCCGUGCCAUCGACUCCGCUGCCCGUAUGCGCUACGAUGAUAAGCGCAAGCUGCUUGUUAUCAUUUGCGACGGUAUGAUUAUUGGACAGGGCAACGAUCGGCCUACUCCUAGAAUUGUUCUCGACAUUCUUGGUGUUUCUGAGACAGUUGAUCCCGAACCACUCAGCUUUGAGUCCCUUGGUGAAGGUCUAAAGCAGCACAAUAUGGGCAAAGUCUAUUCCGGUUUAUAUGAGGUCCAAGGCCACAUCGUUCCCUUCCUGGUUGUCGUCAAGGUUGGCAAGCCUUCUGAGGUUUCCCGGCCUGGCAACCGUGGCAAGCGAGACUCCCAGAUGAUCAUCAUGCGCUUCCUCAACCGCGUUCACUACAACCUGGCCAUGAGUCCUCUAGAACUUGAGAUGUAUCAUCAAAUCCGGAACAUCAUUGGCGUGAACCCCACCUUCUACGAGUUCAUGCUGCAGAUCGACGCCGAUACGGUUGUGGCUCCCGACUCGGCAACACGCAUGGUCUCUGCAUUCCUAGACGACACUCGUCUUAUCGCUGUUUGCGGUGAGACGGCCUUGACUAACGCCAAGGCUUCUUUCAUUACUAUGAUUCAAGUUUACGAGUACUAUAUCUCACACAACUUGUCGAAGGCGUUUGAAAGCUUGUUUGGCUCUGUCACUUGUCUUCCCGGUUGUUUCUCCAUGUACCGAAUCCGCGCUGCUGAGACUGGCAAGCCUCUAUUUGUUAGCCGCGACGUUGUGGACAACUACGCCACUAUCCGUGUCGAUACUCUGCACAUGAAAAAUCUUCUACAUCUUGGUGAGGAUCGUUAUUUGACGACCCUAUUGCUUAAGUUCCAUUCUAAGUACAAGACCAAGUACAUCAUGAGGGCUCACGCCUGGACCAUUGCCCCUGAUUCCUGGAAGGUCUUCCUCUCUCAGAGACGUCGUUGGAUCAACUCGACCGUGCACAACUUGAUGGAACUUAUUCCUAUGCAACAACUUUGCGGUUUCUGCUGCUUCAGCAUGCGCUUCAUUGUGUUCGUUGACUUGUUGUCCACCGUUGUUCAACCAGUCACUCUUGCCUACAUUGUCUACCUCAUUGUCCUCGUGGUGCGGAAUCCAUCAGUCGUGCCUGUCACAGCAUUCAUUAUGCUUGGCGCCAUCUACGGUCUACAAGCCAUUAUCUUCAUCCUGCGUCGCAAGUGGGAGAUGAUUGGAUGGAUGAUCCUGUACAUGCUUGCUCUCCCAGUGUUCUCGUUUGGUCUUCCCCUCUAUGCCUUCUGGCACAUGGACGACUUCAACUGGGGCAAUACUCGUGUUGUCGCCGGCGAGAAGGGCAAGAAAGUCGUCAUCACCGACGAGGGCAAGUUCGAUCCGGCCUCCAUCCCACGCAAGAAGUGGGAGGAGUACCAGGCCGAGCUCUGGGAUGCUCAAACCAUCAAGGACGACGCCCGCUCUGAGGUCUCUGGCUUCAGCUACGCAACGAAGCCCAACGUCGCGGUGUCCGAAUAUGGCUGGCCGCCUUCCCGUCCUGGCUCCACCACUGGUUAUCCCAUGGGUGGCUACAGCGACAUGAAGCAACCGCCCAUGCCCAACAUCCCGCACUCAACGAGCCGCAUGUCUCUUGCCGCCUCCGAGAUGCAAGGCAACCGCAUGAGUCAGUUUGGCGGCUCGCAAUUCUUCGGCAACAGCCAGCAGGAGCUCGAGAUGGCGAAUCUGGCAGGUCUGCCCAGCGACGACGCGCUACUGGCGGAAAUCCGCGAGAUCCUCCGCACGGCAGAUCUGAUGACUGUCACCAAGAAGGGCGUCAAGCAGGAGCUGGAGAGACGCUUCGGUGUGCCUCUUGACGCGCGCAGGGCAUAUAUCAACAGUGCAACCGAGGCUUUGCUCUCUGGUCAGUUGUAG